CAUGAUAAGCCACGAUAAGCGAUUAUUGCGAGUAUUUAAGCACCGACCGAUCGUUACGCCGACAAAUCUCGAGUAGCUUGCAGUGUUACAGCGUGGUUUUCGAGUGCGAAGAAACCCAAAAUGUCGGCAUACAAGUACGUAAUCGGCCUGGCCGUUCUGGUCACCGCUUUGUUGACCAUCAGCACCGUACCCGCUAGUGGAAGUAUUACUUCCUACGCUGCAGCCAAUAAAUCACACCAUCUGAGAGUCGGCUACAGAAUGCCCGGCGACAGACUCGUCCUCAGAGAGAGCGUCAUCAAGAACUCUGCCUGGAUGAAGGUUCAAAUUGUUGAGAAGACCUUCAAUGUCUCCAAGUGGGAACGUAUCACUAUGGUUGAAGCUUUGGACCAGAAAACGAAUGGAAACGGCGCGCACGCUAAUAUUCAGAAAGGUGGACCUGGAUACAGCAACGUCACCCUAAAGUUUAAGAGUCAGAGAGGUCAUGGCAUUAACUUCGUCGUUCAGGUUUAUUCACGGCCUUAAUUGUCCAGUGGAAGCAGCUACUCUUACAACUGAUAUAACGAUUCCUGGAUGCAAUUCAGAUGGAGAAGUAAAAUAAUCAAUCUUGAAAGUUACAUCAAAUCAGUAUGUCUUGAAUUAUUUAUUAUUAGGACAAAUUGCUGUUGCUACCAAAAGAAAAUGUGUCACUGAACAUUUUUUUUAUUCACUUUGAUGUCUCGUAUAUAUUGCCAAUAAAUCAAUUGAUGUAAUUGAACAUGUUUUUCUUAAAAAUUCUUAAAUACGUGUACUUAUAAGCUCGCAAUCGUAGAACAUAAGUAUAAGCUAUUUAAUAACGCACUCAAUGAACAACAAACUGAUAGCACUUUAUAAGAUACAGAACUUGUCGUUUAUGUUUUUCUAUUUACGAAUCAAAUAAAUUCGCCUUUAUUACGCAUUUAA